ACUAAUUUGGUAUCCAAAACACACAAUAUUUUUAAAAUAAAUAAAACCUAUAAACAUUUUUCAUUUUAAAAUCCAUCACCGGAGAAACUAAAUAAUGUGGAAGCUUAAGUAUUUAAAAUAUACACAACUUGGGACUCAUAACUAAAAACGCAACAAGUCACUUAGAAGUAUUUAAUAAUGCUAAAUCAAUUGUCAUACUAUCCCACAUCUCAUCCUCUUCAUUGUCUUCUAGGAUCAGCUGCGCUCUAGGUUCACUACUUAGGUACGAAGUGGUGUACCCAUAGCCUGAUUGAUAUAUUCUCAGAUUAUGAAAAAAUUUAUUUGUACCCUAGAGGUUUUUCCCUGAUACAAAAUGUAUGUGCAACACUAGCAUAAUAUCAGUAUUGCACUUAUAUUUCAUGUCAGAGCAAACUUUUGAGAUACAAAAUGAGAUACAAUAUCGGAUGAAAGUAUCACAACCCUAUAAUUAUUCUUGGCAGAAUUGUAACCUUCGUUAUUCUUUCCAGAAGACCGGCCCAAGGGAAUUAGGAAUUGGGAUUGUCCCGUACAGUCCCCUUGGUCGUGGUUUCUUUGCUGGCAAAAAACGAAUGGGGCUAUCGCUGAAAAUAGUUCUCUGGGAGUUUUCCCGAGGUUUCAAGGAGAAAACUUGGACAAAAACAGGAUCCUAUAUUUGAAAUUUGAGAAGCUGGCUGAAAAGCAUGGAUGUACCGCAGCCGCACAGCUCGCACUUGCUUGGGUGUUUCAUCAAGGGGAAGAUGUCGUCCCUAUUCCCGGUAAUAGAAACACUCAUCACUCUUUGAUUUGCUUGUGAUUUGUUGCUAUUGCUGUAACAAGUCAUCUCUCACAUUUAAUCAUAAUUAGUGUUCUCAAUCCAUAUAAUAUUAUACAAAGUACUCCCUCCGUCCGGAUUUCAAGUUCCCACUCUACGCUUUUCUCCGUCCGAAUUUCAAGUUCCCAGUCUACGUUUUCAUACUCAAUCUUCCUAAAUUACCCCUCCCUCAUCCGUUCUUGUCAUUCUCGGCCUGCCAUCCCACACAGCACCACACAGAGUUGGAUCUCGUUUUUUUUUUCAGAUCUAAAAAUUUAGAGAUCCAUUUGUGCGGGGUUGCCGGCGAUGGUGUCGGCGGUGGCGAUGGUGGCGAG